GAGGUGGUGAUGGAAGAAGGUGUGAAGGUACUCGGAUAUGGCGGAUGGGUGAAGGAGGUGGAGGUGAAGGAAGGAGUGAAGGCACUUGGCUAUGGCGGAUAGGUGAAGGGGUGGAAGUGGAAGGAGGUGCGAAGGUGCUUGGCUAUGGUGGAUGGGUAAAGAAGGUGAAGGUGAAAGAAGGUGUGAAGGUACUUGGCUAUGAUGGAUGGGUGAAGGAGGUGAAGGAGGAAGAAGGUGCGAAGGUGCUUGGCUAUGGUGGAUGGGUGAAGGAGGUGGAGGUGGAAGAAGGUGUGAAGGUGGAAGAAGGUGUGAAGGUGCUUGACUAUGGUGGAUGGGUGAAGGAGGUGGAGGAGGAAGAAGCUGCGAAGGUGCUUGGAUAUGGUGGAUGGGUGAAGGAGGUGGAGGUGGAAGGAGGUGUGAAGGUGCUUGGCUAUGGUGGAUGGUUGAAGGAGGUGGAGGUGGAGGAAGGAGUGAAGGUACUUGGCUAUGGUGGAUGGGCGACGGAGGUGGAGGUGGAAGAAGGUGUAAAGGUGGAGGUGGAAGAAGGUGUGAAGGUACUUGGCUAUGGUGGAUGGGUGAAGGCGGUGAAGGAGGAAGAAGGUGUAAAGGUAUUUGGCUAUGGUGGAUGGGUAAAGGAGGUGGAGGAGGAAGAAGGUGCGAAGGUGCUUGGCUAUGGUGGAUGGGUGAAGGAGGUGGAGGUGGAAGAAGCUGAGGUGGAGGUGGAAGACGUUGUGAAGGUGCUAGGCUAUGGUGGAUGGGUGAAGGAGGUGGAGGUGGAAGAAGGUGUAAAGGUACUUGGCUAUGGUGGAUGGGUGAAGGAGGUGGAGGAAGAGGAAGGGGUGAAGGUACUUAGCUAUGGUGGAUGGGUGGAGGUGGAGGAAGAAGAAGGGGUGAAGGUACUUGGCUAUGGUGGAUUGGUGAUGGAGGUGGAGGAGAAAGAAGGUGCGAAGGUGCUUGGCUAUGGUGGAUGGGUGAAGGAGGUGGAGGUGGAAGAAGGUGUGAAGGUACUUGGAUAUGGUGGAUGGGCGAAGGAGGUGGAUGUGAAAGGUGUAAAGGCGCUAGGCUAUGAUUGAUGGGUGAAGUGGAAGAAGGUGUGAAGGUACUUGACUAUGGUGGAUGGGUGAAGGAGGUGGAGGAAGAGGAAGGGGUGAAGGUACUUAGCUAU